UAGGGUGUGUGCUAUUAAAAAUUGUAAUAGUGGAAGUGCCGCUGAUAAAAAGCGACGGAGUCAAUUAAAUUUAAAAGGUCCAGGAUUUUUUAAAGUACCACAGAGAUUGUUUUCUAUUAUGAGAUACAGUUGUGGUGCCAAUGAUCAUCCAACUCCUCAGCAGUUUGGUCAAGUUUUUCGUUUGUAUUGUUGCAAUGCCAUGAUUAAACCGCCAAAAGGUUCAAAUGUAACUGGAGUUGAAUUACUUCAAACUCUAAUGAAGACAAAGGACUCAUUGGAAAUGUCUCGUCACCCGCGAAUGGAGUGGUUGGAAAAAAUUGACCAAAUGCUUGAGAACGCUGUACCGCUUGAUGCAAUUUGGCAAGAUAAUUCAUCCAACAAUAGCGAUGGCACUGCUAUGAGUGAAAAUGACUUAAGCGAUACAAUUACAGAAUCAGAGCCAAAUACUUCUAUAACAGAGGAAUGCAUGCUUCAAGACCAUGACUAUGACGUUGUGUCAACAAGCCGAGAAGUUCAGGCUUACAUGGCCGGUUAUAUCGUUAGAAAACUUAAAGCUAAGUGUAAGGUGCCUAUUGUGUUUAAAAAGUCUUCAAUCGUCUAA